AUGGCGGCCAAGACAGCGUCGCUUGGCGGGCUACCAGACGAGCUGGUACUGGAAAUUCUGAAUCAUUUCCAUACCAUUCGCUCAUAUGAGACGCAAUCCACAGCCUUCAAAGAUCAAGAAAAGGAGAGAACACGCCAAUCCGAAAAUCGCAUACUCAAACGAUCGCUACGCAAUCUUUGUCUAACGUCCCGUCAUGUUAGCCGAAUAGCCACCCCAAUUCUGUACGCAUCGUUCACGGGAGCUGUUACUCGACACGGUCUUACGCCUCUCAACCUGUUCCACGAAAGGACGUCGGCCUCUAAUGCUUCGGGUCGCAAAUGCAUAGAGUAUCUGCAGUAUGUAGAAGUCCGACUCGAAGAUGAUCAAGGCAACAGUCUUCGCGCCGAUACUCUUGAGCCGGAUGCCGUUUACCAGGCAGCAUAUUACUUUCAGUUACUAGCACAUAUCAUAAGCUGCGCGCCAAACUUACAACAUCUUUCUCUUGUCGUCCUCGAGACUGACAACGUUUCCUUUUGGAAACACAUUAUAACGGAAGAAGAUGCAACGGCUACGCUCACACAAACGACAGCGACUAGACAGGACUUCCAUAAGCUGCAAACUCUGUGUAUUCAGAUGCAUAUAGACGUUUCCAUCAACCAUAGUUCUGGAUCGUUCGACCAGAUCUGCUCCGUUAUGUCGAGGGCUCCCGUGCUUUCUGACUUCCGAGCUCAUGGUGUGGCAACAUUCGCGCUGCGAGCACAGCCGCCCGAGCUUAGCAUCUUCGGUAUGCUCAAACGUCUAGAGAUCACCGAGUGUAUGCUCGAGAUAGAGGAGGUCGCCAAGAUGUUAUCGGCGUGUAACGAGCUACAGCAUGUUGUUUGCACAUGGGCUUUCCUCGAUGACACGACCGGAACAAUACCAGAUCUCUUCAUCGCUCUUCUGCAUCACACCGAAACUUUGGAAAGCUUACGUCUCGAUUUGCGUCAAGUCAGAAUCGACGACGAUUUGGAUGAGUCUCAAUGCUUUGGUAGCUUUCUGCCGUUCAAAACUCUUAAGACAUUGGCUGUAUCGGAUUAUUGUCUUCCUGCGUUCUCUAAUCUAAUUCAUGAAGAUAGAACCCCCUGUUACGACAAGAAGGUGCCUCCACCUUUAAUGGCUGAGCUGCUACCACCGAGUUUGACAAGCUUCACAAUGCUAACCGGGGAACCCGAUGAAAUCUCAGGUGAAAGCUCAGAUCUUUCGCCCGACCUAUGGGUUUGGGUCAAGAAGUAUGCUUCGUCAGGCCUAAACCUGAAACACUUCAUCGUCGAAAGCUACGACGUUGAGAUAGAGGACCCUAGUAUCACGAAGGCCUUUUUGGACUUGGGUGUGCAAUUUGAGCUUAAGGAGGUAUCAGGAUAUGACUAG